GUGGUGGCCUUCUGGAAAACAAAAAAAAAACUGAAAGCUCAAGCUUUUCUGUCAGUCUCUUUCUCCCCACUCGCAUGCAUGUGUUCUUAUAAACUACACUUCCCAAAUUUGUAAACCUCUACCAAAUCAAUUCAAUUUAUUACUCAAAACUUUCAAUUUUAUUACAACUAUUUUUAUUUUUCUAAAGAUAUUACAACUAUAUUUAUUUAUUUUCCCAUAAAUCAAUAUUCUCUCUUCUUCUCUUCUCUUUUCUUCAGCCCCACACAAUUUCUCUCUCUAAAAUCUCUACUAAUUCACUCAUUUCUGUUUCCCUUCUUUGUUACGCAAUCAUUUUUCAUUAUUAGUUGAUGCUUCAAUCUCCUACUUCCUCAUUUUUCUACUCACUCUCUCUCCAGGAAGCAGUGAUGCUUCUAGACUAAUAGCUGAUUGAGCGUCUGGAGAGAGAAAAAGAUAAUUUCUUACACCUGCAUCUCUGUGUUUAUUUAAAGACCUGUCAAGCUGGCGGCCGCGACUGCUUGGAGGUUUGCUGCCGGCAACGGCAAUGGCAGCGGCAACGGACAUGCUGCUAAUGAUCCGGAAAGAAGUACGGAGGGGAAACUCCAAGACUCAGAACAUCGAUCUGUUGCCAAAAUGGGGUUAAGAGACCGUACAAGCAGCAUGGAGGAUCCAGAUGGGACACUAGCAAGUGUUGCCCAAUGCAUUGAGCAGUUGAGGCAGAGUUCUUCAUCUUUUCAAGAGAAAGAGUAUUCUUUAAGGCAGUUGUUGCAACUUAUUGAAACACGAGAAAAUGCAUUGAGUGCUGUUGGAUCUCAUUCACAGGCUGUCCCUGUACUUGUUUCUCUCUUGAGGUCAGGGUCGCUAGUGGUCAAAAUACAAGCUGCUCGUGUAUUAGGGUCUCUCUGUAAGGAGAAUGAACUGAGGGUGAAAGUUUUGCUUGGUGGUUGCAUACCUCCUCUACUUGGGCUUCUUAGGUCCAGCUCCUCUGAUGGUCAGGUUGCUGCUGCAAAGGCCUUAUAUGCAGUUUCUCAAGGUGAUGCGAAGGAUCAUGUUGGUUCAAAAAUUUUCUCCACCGAAGGUGUUGUUCCCGUGUUAUGGGGACAGCUAGAGCGAGGGCUGGAAGCUGGGAAAUUGGUUGAAGAAUUACUAACUGGAGCUUUGAAAAAUCUUUGUGGAAGCACAGAGGGAUUUUGGCCAGCAACAGUCAGAGCUGGAGGAGUGGAUAUACUUGUGAAAUUGCUGACAGCUGGACAGCCUGGUACUCAAGCAAAUGUAUGUUUUCUUCUUGCUUGUAUGAUGAUGGAGGAUGCAUCAAUCUGCCCUACUGUCUUGGCUGAUGAGGCAGUCAAACAACUCCUGAAGUUGUUAGGAUCUGGAAAUGAAGCAGCCGUCAGAGCAGAAGCUGCAGGUGCUCUUAAAUCACUUUCUGCACAGUGUAAAGAGGCAAGGAAAGAGAUUGCUAACUAUAAUGGUAUACCAUCUCUCAUAAACGCUACAAUUGCUCCUUCAAAGGAAUUUAUGCAAGGGGAGCAUGCCCAAGCAUUGCAGGAAAAUGCGAUGUGUGCUCUUGCGAACAUAUCAGGUGGGCUUUCUUCUGUCAUAUCAAGCCUUGGAAGAAGCCUUGAAUCUUGCACUUCGCCAACACAGGUUGCUGAUACUUUAGGAGCUCUAGCUUCGGCUCUGAUGAUAUAUGAUCAGGAAGCUGAGUUUACAAAAGUUUCAGACCCUGAAACUGUUGAACAAACAUUAAUUAAGCAGUUCAAACCUAACUUGCCAUUUCUCAUCCAAGAGCGCACCAUCGAGGCACUUGCCAGCUUGUAUGGGAAUUCUGUACUUUCAAGAAAACUUGCAAAUGCUGAUGCCAAGCGCUUGUUGGUUGGUUUGAUCACAAUGGCUUCAAAUGAGGCUCAGGAUGAGCUGGUUAAAUCCCUUUUGAAGAUUUGUGAUGAUGAAGGUAGUCUUUGGCAUGCACUUCAAGGGCGUGAUGGUGUCCAGCUACUCAUAUCACUUCUAGGAUUGUCGUCUGAGCAGCAACAGGAAUGUGCUGUUGCGUUGCUCUCCCUUCUUGCAAAUGAAAAUGACGAGAGUAAAUGGGCAAUUACUGCAGCUGGUGGAAUACCUCCAUUGGUCCAGAUUCUGGAGACUGGUUCUGGAAAAGCCAAAGAAGACUCUGCAACUAUAUUGGGAAACCUGUGUAAUCAUAGUGAGGAUAUACGAGCAUGUGUUGAAAGUGCUGAUGCUGUUCCUGCGCUCCUGUGGUUAUUGAAGAAUGGGAGCUCCAAUGGGAAGGAGAUUGCAGCCAAAACAUUGCAUCAUCUAAUCCACAAAUCUGAUACUGCUACCAUCAGCCAACUCACUGCACUUUUAACCAGCGAUCUUCCCGAGUCUAAAAUUUAUGUCCUAGAUGCUUUGAAAAGUAUGUUGUCUGUGGUACCCCUUAAUGAUAUCUUACGGGAAGGCAGUGCUGCCAAUGAUGCUAUUGAGACAAUGGUUAAAAUAUUGGGCUCUGCCAAGGAAGAAACCCAGGCAAAAUCUGCCAACACUCUUGCUGGGAUAUUUCAUCUCCGGAAAGACUUACGCGAGAGCAGUAUUGCAGUUAAGACUCUCUGGUCAGUCAUGAAGCUCCUGAAUUCAGAAUCAGAAAAAAAUUUAGUUGCAACCUCGUGUUGUCUUGCUGCUAUUUUUCUUUCAAUAAGGGAAAACCUUGAAAUUGGUUCUGUUGCCAGAGAUGUUUUGCCUCGGUUACUUGCUCUUGCAAGUUCUUCUGUUCUUGAAGUUGCAGAGCAGGCAACAUGUGCAAUAGCAAACCUUCUACUGGAUGAUGAACUUUCAGAAAGAACUGUACCUGAAGAAGUGAUUUUACCUGCCACAAGGGUUUUGCGCGAGGGUACACUUUCUGGCAAGACUCACGCAGCAGCUGCUGUCGCUCGUCUUCUUCGUCGACGUGUGAUUGAGGAUGCUCUAUGUGACACUGUGAAUCGUGCUGGCACUGUUCUUUCUUUGGUUUCUUUCUUGGAGUUGGCCAAUGCCGGAUCCCUUGCAACAUCAGAAGCCUUGGAUGCACUUGCGUAUCUGGCGAGAGCUGGAGUUCCGGAUGGAAACAUCAGACCAGCAUGGGCAAUUCUAGCAGAAUCUCCAAGCCACAUCACUCCAAUAGUUUCAUGCAUCGCUGAUGCUGCACCAGCAUUGCAGGAUAAAGCCAUCGAAAUAUUGUCAAGGCUUUGCCGUGAUCAAUUAGUUGCACUAGGGGAGAUCAUUUGUAGUUCUUCUGGCUGUAUUGUAUCGAUUUCUAGAAGAGUUAUUAGUUCCAGGGACACAAAUGUUAUUGUUGGAGGUGCAGCACUCCUUUCUUGUGCAGCCAGAGUUAAUCAUCUGAGAGUGGUAGAGGAUCUAAAUGACUCAAAAUUAUCUAGUAAUCUCAUACAGGCUCUGGUUGAAGUGCUUACUACCUCUAAAACUUCACCUGAAGAUCAGGAGGCUAUUGAGCAGGAGGCAGUGUACAUUCGCAUUCAGUUGGUUACAGAAGAGGGAAGGAAUACAGAAGCUAGUCCUGGCACAAAGAUCAUGUGCGGUACCAAUAUCGCUGUGUGGUUGUUGUCUAUACUUGCUACUCAUGACGAGAAAAGUAAACUUGUUAUCAUGGAUGCUGGAGGGGCUGAGGUUGUCACAGAGAAAAUUUCACUGUAUACUCAGAGUGACUAUAUUGAAGAUAGUAGCAUAUGGACUUAUGCUUUGCUGCUGGCAAUUCUGUUUCAAGAUAGAGAUAUCAUACGAGCACAUGCAACAAUGAAAUCCAUUCCAGUUCUUGCAAAUUUGUUGCGGUCGGAAGAGUCGGCAAACAGAUAUUUUGCAGCACAAGCAUUGGCCAGUUUGGUCUGUAAUGGUAGCAGGGGAACUCUUUUGUCUGUUGCAAAUUCUGGUGCAGCAGGCGGGCUAAUUACUUUACUUGGCUGUGCUGAUGAAGAUAUAUAUGAUCUCUUAAAAUUGUCUGAGGAGUUUUCUUUGGUUCGUUAUCCUGAUCAAGUGACGCUUGAGAGAUUGUUUAGAGUUGAUGACAUUAGAGUUGGAGCUAUGUCUCGGAAAUCAAUACCUGCCCUCGUUGAUCUCCUCAAACCAAUUCCUGAUCGUCCAGGGGCACCAUUCCUUGCUCUGGGCCUUCUCACCCAACUUGCGAAAGACUGUCCAUCGAAUAAGAUGGUGAUGGUAGAGUCAGGAGCACUUGAGGCAGUGACCAAAUAUCUUUCACUUGGUCCUCAAGAUGCAACUGAGGAAGCUGCUACAGAUCUAUUGGGAAUUCUGUUUAGCAGUGCUGAAAUUUGUAGGCAUGAAUCUGCAUUCGGUUCAGUAACCCAGCUUGUUGCUGUCUUGCGUUUAGGUGGAAGAGCUGCUAGAUAUAGUGCAGCAAAAGCACUGGAAAGCUUGUUUUCUGCAGAUCAUGUAAGAAAUGCAGAAACAGCUAGACAAGCUGUGCAGCCAUUGGUGGAGGUUUUGAGUACAGGCUCGGAGAGAGAACAGCAUGCUGCCAUUGCAGCACUGAUCAGGCUAUUAAGUGAGAAUCCUUCUAGAGCCCUAGGAGUGGCAGAUAUUGAAAUGAGUGCUGUGGAUGUUCUUUGCAAAAUCCUGUCAUCAAAUUGUUCAAUGGAGCUGAAGGGUGAUGCUGCGGAGCUAUGCUCUGUUCUCUUCACAAAUACAAGGAUCAGGUCUACAGUAGCUGCAGCACGUUGUGUUGAGCCAUUGGUCUCUCUCCUUGUUACAGAAUUCACCCCUGCUCAGCAUUCAGUUGUACAUGCUUUGGAUAGACUCUUGGAUGAUGAGCAAUUAGCCGAACUAGUUUCUGCUCACGGUGCAGUCAUUCCUCUUGUUGGCCUUUUAUACGGCAGGAAUUACUUGCUUCACGAGGCUGUUUCAAGAGCUUUGGUAAAGUUGGGAAAAGACAGACCUUCUUGCAAAACGGAAAUGGUGAAAGCUGGGGUCAUUGAAAGCAUACUUGAUAUACUCCAUGAAGCACCUAAUUUUCUCUCUGCCGCUUUCGCAGAAUUGCUCCGGAUAUUGACAAAUAAUGCUACAAUUGCCAAAGGCCCAUCAGCAGCUAGAGUGGUUGAGCCUCUUUUCAUGUUGCUGUCACGACCAGAUCUUGGCCCGGAUGGGCAACACAGUGCUUUACAGGUUCUAGUUAAUCUUUUAGAACAUCCUCAGUGUCGUGCUGAUCACAACUUGACCACUCAUCAGGCUGUUGAACCUGUUACUUUGUUACUAGACUCUAAUGUUCCGGCCGUUCAACAGUUAGCUGCUGAACUUUUGUCCCAUUUAUUGUUGGAGGAGAACCUGCAGAAGGAUCCCUUGACACAACAAGUUAUAGGUCCACUUGUAAAAGCUCUUGGAUCUGGGAUACCCAUAUUACAGCAGAGAGCUAUUAAGGCUCUCUUUUGUAUUGCACUUAUUUGGGCAAAUGAAAUUGCAAAAGAGGGAGGUGUUAUUGAGCUAUCUCAGGUGAUAAUGCAAGUUGAUCCUCCACUUCCUCAUGCUCUGUGGGAAUCCGCGGCCUCUGUUUUAUCUUGUAUUCUGCAAUUCAGUUCAGAAUUUUAUUUGGAGGUGCCCAUCGCUGUGCUUGUUAGGUUGCUUCAUUCUGGUUCAGAAAGUACGGUAACUGGAGCAUUGAAUGCUCUUCUGGUGUUAGAUAGUGAUGAUUCAACCAGUGCCGAGGCAAUGGCUGAAAGUGGUGCAAUUGAGGCUCUGUUGGAGCUACUUAGAUGUCAUCAAUGUGAGGACGCUUCUGCAAGAUUGCUUGAAGUGUUGUUGAAUAAUGUUAAAAUCAGGGAGUCAAAAGCUGGUCGAGCUGCUAUCGUACCGCUGUCACAAUAUCUUUUAGACCCUCAAACACAAGGUCAGCAAGCAAGGUUAUUGGCUACAUUGGCUUUGGGUGAUCUGUUCCAGAAUGAGACUCUUGCUCGUUCUGCUGAUGCUGUUUCAGCUUGUCGGGCCCUGGUAAAUUUACUUGAAGAUCAGCCCACUGAGGAAAUGAAAGUGGUAGCUAUCUGUGCCCUUCAGAACCUCGUGACAUACAGUCGAGCAAAUAAAAGAGCAGUUGCAGAAGCUGGUGGAGUUCAAGUUAUACUUGAUCUGAUAGGAUCCAGUGAUCCAGAAACUUCAAUUCAGGCAGCUAUGUUUAUUAAGCUUCUUUUCUCCAACAAUACAAUCCAGGAGUAUGCUUCCAGUGAAACUGUCAGGGCCAUAACUGCUGCUGUUGAAAAGGAUUUGUGGGCCUCUGGAGCCGUAAAUGAGGAGUAUUUGAAAGCAUUAAAUGCACUUUUUGGUAACUUCCCACGUUUAAGAGCCACCGAACCUGCUACCCUUAGUAUACCACACCUUGUGACCUCGCUCAAAACAGGCUCUGAGGCAACUCAAGAAGCUGCCUUAGAUGCUCUGUUUCUUUUAAGACAAGCGUGGUCAGCAUGCCCUGCAGAAGUAUCUCGUGCUCAAUCUAUAGCUGCUGCAGAUGCAAUUCCUUUGCUGCAGUAUUUGAUACAAUCUGGCCCACCUCGUUUCCAAGAGAAGGCUGAAUUUCUGUUGCAGUGUUUGCCAGGAACUCUAACUGUAAUAAUAAAGCGUGGAAACAAUAUGAGGCAGUCAGUGGGAAAUCCAAGUGUAUAUUGUAAGCUUACAUUAGGGAAUACCACUCCCAAACAGACCAAGGUCGUGUCUACUGGUCCUGCCCCGGAAUGGGAUGAAAACUUUACAUGGUCGUUUGAAAGUCCUCCAAAGGGCCAGAAACUACAUAUUUCAUGCAAGAACAAGAGCAAAGUGGGAAAGAGUUCAUUUGGUAAGGUGACGAUCCAGAUUGAUCGAGUAGUAAUGCUGGGAGCAGUCGCUGGGGAGUACACGCUGCUGCCUGAAAGCAAGAGCGGUCCCUCAAGAAAUCUUGAAAUAGAAUUCCAAUGGUCUAACAAAUAGCAGAAUCCUCCAAUUUUCCCACACUGAAAUGAGAGUUUAUUAUGGUUGAGUUACAAAGACAUGAUAAUCUAUCUAUCAACACAAGGGCACGAGAUACAGUAGUCCCGUAUAUUGAGGCUUGCUCAUUCAGAAUUCCUCUUCCUAUUUAUUCUUUUGCUGAUGCUUGUUUUAUUAGUGUCGGUCGUGAUCUUGUACAUAGUAUUGAUGAGAUUGUAUUUGUAGUAUACCUGUGUUUUGUUUGUACUAGUAGUAUACAUGUAUUACAUUGAUUCGUGCAUUCUUUUGUAAUCUGAGCUGAAAGACACUGUUAAUAAUCCAACAGUUUUUCUUUA